AUGGUCGGAGACGACAAUAGUAGGCCCAAUCCGAACUUGAACACCUUUACCGCGGCGUUAUCGUGCUAUCCUAUUGCCUCGUCUCUGGCAAGCUACAUCGAUCUCACCACUCUGAGUGACCUGGCGCAAACAUGUCGUCAAGUGCGGGCCAACCUGCUCCAGUAUCGUGCGAUGCUUGUGAAGAAGACUCUGCGUUGCCAUAAUGAAGACUCCAGUCCGGGGGAACGACUGGGGGCUGCACUUCUGGCCAGCCGUGAUGCCUGGACUACCUACGGCCGCCAUGGUAUCAAGGUGGAACGAAUCACAUCGGGCAGAGUGGGAGCUUGUGCGAGAGAUAUGGUCAGUGACUGCCGCAGCUGCGGUAGAACUUUAUGCAGAAAUUGUGUCAUCAAAGCCCCGCCGUCCUCUGCAGUGAAGCUUCGACAUCGAAGGCUAUGUCGGACCUGCAUGAAAGCGCCCCUGAGCGAAUUGACCAGCACAAUCUGUGCGUUCGAUGAGGCUGGCGUGCACGUGAGCAUAUCAGCUCGCGAGUAUCGUAAGUACGCCAGAGAUCCUUGCACCUGCUCCGACGUGGUCUGGAUCUGUUCUCCGUGUGGCCAUGCAAUGCGGACAGCCGAUACGACAUAUGAACGCGGAUGGAAGUGGCGAGGACGCUAUAGUCACUGCGGAGGCAUUGGCGCCGGUCUCGGAGAAGGCAACGAAGGGGUCGAGUGUGGGCGAACUUCUGACUGCCUCGGCGCACGCAUGGUCCAGAAAGACGUCGAAUGUGACGCUGAAGAGCUGGCGGCUCUCGAGCUCGAAACGGCCAAGGCCGAAUCCGAAGGCCGGUGUUGGAACGGUAGUAGCUACAGCACCCAGGAAAUGGUCGGCAUUGGUGGGCGAGUGAAGACCAAAGUGCGAAAGAUGGUGCCUGUGGGCGCCAUUGUGAAGGAGUACGAAGACGAACGAAUUAGUGAAAAGUUCCUCGAACGAGAGCAGACAGGCGUGAACAGGAGCUGGUGCUCAUGGUGCUCCCGCGUGAUUAUUGGAAAUAAGGAUUUGGAUGGUGCCGCGCGCUCUCAGGAGAGCAUCGCAUCUGCUGGUAACUCAGCUGGUCCAGCAUGA